UAUAAUCUUUCUUCUUCUUUUCUACCAAAGGACGUUGCGUGCCCGGCGCGCUUCUCGGCUUCUUCCGUUUGAUAGUACAUCAUCGCGUGCUACAGCGUCCUAGCUCUCACCAUACGUUCAGACAGGACAAUGGUCCUAGGUUUGAUAUUACCUUACUAAUAAAAGUAGCAUGCCACGCCAGACAAAAAUUUACUAAUUCAGCUCCAAACUAACAACAGGUCCAAAUUCAAGCAAGUUCGUUGAAUCCCCCUCUAAACUCUGUUUGUCAUAGCUAAGAUCUCAGAAAGAUGUCACUCAUGUCUUGGAUAGCUGCGAUCCUGCUGUUCGUGAAUCUGGUGCCACUGAGCUGUCAACGAGCGACAGUGUCAUCUUCUUCAUCUGCUGUCGGAGUGCAUUCGACUCCGCGAGCUGUCAAAACCAUUGGCCUCCCUGCAGAUUGUGCCGUCGAAUUGAACGCCACCAACUUUGAUGCCGUACUCAGAGGCACUCCCGCUACUUAUGCCGUGGUCGGGUUCUUCGCUCACUGGUGUCCUGCAUGUAGAAAUUACAAGCCGCAAUAUGAGAAGCUGGCGAGAAUUUUCAAUGGACCUGAUGCGGUUCAUCCUGGGAUAGUUUUGAUGACAAGAGUAGACUGUGCUCUGACGAUAAACAACAAACUUUGCGAUAAAUUUUCCGUGAGUCAUUAUCCUAUGCUCUUCUGGGGCCCUCAUUCCGAGUUCAUUGCUGCCGGUUGGGAACCUCAACAAGAGAAAAGCAAGAUACGUGUGAUUGAUGAUGGACGGACUGCAGAACGCCUGCUGAAUUGGAUCAAUAAGCAAAUAGGCAGCACAUAUGUUUUGGAUGAUGAGAAAUUUGAGAAGGAGCAUCCCUCGUCAAGCAUCUCAGACCCUGAACAGAUCGCACAGGCUGUAUAUGAAGUUGAGGUGGCCACAUCCGCUGUGUUUGACAUCAUUUUAGAGCACAAGGCAAAGGAGGCGGCGGCGACAAGGGAGGAGGCGGAGGACAAGCAACACGUGGAGGUGUGGCUACAAAAGGCCGUGGUGGCAGCAGAGGAAUGAUGUCGUUCGAGAAUAACCCAGGGGGUUACUUCGACUAUAAUAAAUAAAGACCUUCACUUGUUCUUCCAACACUCAAUUUCGCUUUAACGAAGACUUCUAAUGGUUAAAGAUCAAACAAUAAUAUGCAGAGCAAUAAGCAGAUUUUCUUAUGGAUAUAUUUAUAUAUUUGGUCACUAAAACGCUGUUAAGUAUUUUUGUGCA